CGACGCUUUGUUGGUAGACCGCCGCGGCGCGCAUGAACUGCGACACGCCCACAAGGAGCUUGGCGCGUGCUGAUGACGUAGAAUCCUUUCGCAUCAAGACAUUGAAGAGCUUAGGUGUACUGGCGUCAAAAGCAGCACAACCAUGAACUGGAACAAAGGCGGUCCGGGUGUAAAGCGAGGGUUUGGAUUUGGAGGAUUUGCCCUUGCAGGAAAGAAAGAGGAAUCUCCCCUGCCACAGAAAUCUCACACAACAUUCGGUCCCACAGGAUCCGGUGGGGGAUAUGGGAAAGGCCAACAGCUCCCAUCAUUCUAUAAAAUAGGGACAAAAAGAGCUAAUUUUGAUGAGGAAAAUGCUUAUUUUGAGGAUGAUGAAGAGGAGUCCAGCUCCACUGUGGACCUACCUUACAUCCCAGCUGAAAACUCUCCUACCCGUCAGCAGAUGCGGUCUGGUGGCGGCUCAGAUAGUGAGGAUGACCCACUGGAUGCCUUCAUGGCAGAGGUGGAGAACCAAGCAGCUAAAGACAUGAAGAAACUAGAGGAAAAGGAGAAAAAGAUAGACAAGGGUAUUCGUGAUGACAUUGAAGAAGAAGAUGAACAAGAAGCCUACUUCCGCUACAUGGCUGAGAAUCCCACAGCAGGGUUGACCCAGGAGGAAGAGGAGGAGAAUGUAGACUAUGACAGUGAUGGGAAUCCAAUUGCCUCCACCACCAAAAAGAUCAUCAUGCCGCUCCCACCUAUUGACCACUCUGAGAUUGAUUACCCACCAUUUGAGAAAAACUUUUAUAAUGAGCACGAGGAGCUCAGCAGCCUAACUGGCACACAAGUGAUAGAAUUACGGCACAAACUCAACUUGAGGGUAUCUGGUGCUGCUCCCCCGAAACCGUGUACCAGUUUUGCCCACUUUGGCUUUGAUGAGCAGCUCAUGCACCAGAUUCGCAAAUCUGAGUACACUCAGCCUACACCAAUUCAAUGCCAGGGUGUUCCUAUAGCUCUGUCCGGGCGUGACAUGAUUGGUAUCGCAAAAACUGGCAGUGGCAAAACUGCAGCUUUUAUUUGGCCAAUGCUGGUUCAUAUUAUGGACCAAAAAGAGCUGGAGACUGGAGAAGGACCCAUCGCUGUUAUUGUGUGUCCCACCAGAGAACUUUGUCAGCAGAUCCAUGCAGAGUGUAAGCGUUUUGGGAAAGCCUACUCGCUGCGUUCUGUGGCAGUUUACGGAGGUGGCAGCAUGUGGGAGCAGGCCAAAGCUCUACAGGAGGGAGCAGAGAUCGUGGUGUGCACUCCGGGUCGUCUCAUUGACCAUGUCAAAAAAAAGGCCACAUCCCUGCAGAGGGUGACGUACCUGGUGUUUGAUGAGGCAGAUCGCAUGUUUGAUAUGGGCUUUGAAUACCAGGUUCGAUCUAUUGCUAGCCAUGUCCGUCCAGACAGACAGACUCUUUUAUUCAGUGCUACUUUCCGAAAGAAGAUAGAAAGGCUGGCCAGAGACAUUUUGAUGGACCCUAUUCGUGUGGUGCAAGGAGACAUUGGAGAGGCCAAUGAGGAUGUGACCCAGGUGGUGGAGAUGCUGCCCAGCGGAACAGAUAAAUGGGGCUGGCUGACACGGCGGCUUGUUGAGUUCACCUCCUCUGGCUCCGUCCUCAUCUUUGUCACCAAGAAGGCAAACUGUGAGGAACUAGCCACUAACCUAAACCAGGAGGGAUACAGCCUGGGCCUUCUGCACGGAGACAUGGACCAGAGUGAGAGGAACAAGGUCAUCAGUGACUUCAAGAAGAAGAAUUUGCCUGUUCUGGUGGCCACUGAUGUAGCUGCUCGUGGCCUGGACAUCCCAUCUAUUCGCACAGUGGUGAACUACGACGUGGCGCGAGACAUCGAUACGCACACACACAGGAUUGGUCGAACUGGUCGUGCUGGAGAGAAAGGUGUGGCAUAUACUCUUCUCACCAACAAAGACACCUCAUUUGCUGGGGAUCUUGUGAGAAAUUUGGAGGGUGCAAACCAGGGCGUUUCUAAAGAGCUGAUGGAUUUAGCCAUGCAGAAUCCAUGGUUUAGGAAAUCCAGAUUCAAAGGGGGUAAAGGAAAGAAGCUCAAUAUUGGCGGUGGUGGACUUGGUUACAGAGAGAGACCAGGCCUGGGGUCUGACAGUUCUGAACGCAGCAGCAGCAGCAGCAGUUUGUCUUCCACUAGUGGCUUCGAGGGCUAUACCAAACCAACCACUGGGGCGAUGGGAGAUCGCAUGUCUGCAAUGAAACAAGCCUUUCAGGCUCAGUAUAAGAGCCACUUUGUGGCUGCGUCCAGUGGUCCUCCAAAACUCAGCAGCAAGUCUAACAGCACAUCGGGCUGGACCAGUGCUGGCAGCCUAAGCUCUAUACCAACAGAGCCUGCCAAUGGAUCAGAACGGUCCCAUGGUAUCACCAUGGCCAUGGCUGGUUUUACCAGUGCUGGUUCUCUGAGCUCGGUGCCCACCAGUUUAACUAGUCCACAGCACAACUACACUCCACCUGCACCUCCCACACAGAGAGACAGUUCGCAGGACAGACAUGGAGAGGACCGGGGGCAUCAUGGAGACAGUCACCACCGGCGCAGCGACAGAAGUGAUCGGCACAGUAGCGAUGACCGUUACAGAGAUCGGGAUCACCAUGGAGACCGUGACCGGGAUCGGGAUCGCGACCGCCACGGAGACCGGGAUCGUCAUAGUAGCAGCCGUCACAGCGACAGUCGUAACGGAGAAGGAAGCAGGAGAGACAGAGAUGAUAGGAGGAGUGAUAAGGAUGGGGGAGACAGGGGGAGUGGGGAGGGGAGGGACAGAGAUGAUAGCUUUGCAGUCCCUGAACCACCAAAGCGUAGAAAGAGCAGGUGGGACAACUAAAGAAAAGGUAAACACAUUAUUACACCAACAGCUCUGUGUUGAGCUUGUCUGUUGUCUGGGCAGGUAGCAAAUAUUACCAGAGGCUGACAUAAGCACAAGACUGUAGGGGGAAUUAGUGGACUGAAUAAAGGGUGGUACACCAACAGUACCGUCAGGUUGGUGAGGAACUUGUGAUUGGAUCAGAGUUUGUCAGACAGAGGAAUACAAUCAGCUCCGAGACAGCCACUGUAUAUACACCAUCAAGACUGUUAUUGUAGGUCAAUAUGUUCAAGCAAUAGAGCUGUGAUGAAUCCUACUGUAAGUAAACAAUUCGAGUUUGGAUGUGUUGGUUGUUGUAUUUCUCGUCAUUCAGCUCCUAACAUGCUUUUGUGCUUGCAACCCUGACUUGUUUUCGUUCAUGGACGUUCGCCAAGUGGUUUUGGGUUUGCAUUUUUUCAAUCUGCAAAGCUGACUCUUGCUGUUGAUCCGUUUCAUUUGUCAGAUGCACUGUGAUGAUUUAAUGUCCUGCAAGUACGAAAUGUACAGAUAGCCCUCUUUGUGUGUGGUAGUUAGAUUUUAGUGCUGUGCUUUUCCUUGGCAUUUAGUCUGUCCAUACUUUUGAAAAGUUUUCCAGAAAGAUGAUUUGUUUUGUACAAGAGGAAUAUCAAGGGUUAAAUCACAAAUGGAAAAUGUGAUGUUUUGAUUAAAACAACGCUUUCAAUAUCUAA